UCGCCUCUCUUUCUCUCGCUCCGCUUCCACCUCCUAGAGGCCGGGGAGGGCUGGCUGUUCCGCGCGAGGAAGGCGAAGCGUCAGCCCCGCUGCGGGAUUCUUGCUCGGGCGGAUCGGUUGCAGGAGGCGAAGCCGAAGCCACGAGCCACGCCAGAAGAUCUCGGCAUGACGGCGUCCAUGAGAGAGAGGUUCGACAAGUUCCUGCGCGAGAAGAACUGCCUGACCGACGUGCUGGCUAAAAUCGAGAGCAAGACCGGCGUCAGCAGGUCCUACGUCGCCAUCGCCAUUAUUGCUGUGCUGGCUAUUUACCUGGUUAUUGGCUAUGGAGCAUCAUUGCUGUGCAACCUGAUUGGGUUUGCUUAUCCUGCAUAUAUCUCCAUCAAAGCCAUUGAAAGCCCUAACAAAGAUGAUGAUACACAGUGGUUGACCUACUGGGUCGUGUAUGGAAUCUUCAGCAUAGCAGAAUUUUUCGCUGACAUCUUUCUGUCCUGGUUCCCAUUCUACUAUAUGAUGAAGUGUGGCUUUCUGGUGUGGUGUAUGGCCCGAAGUCCCUCAAAUGGAGCAGAGUUCCUUUACCACAGAAUUAUCCGCCCUGUUUUCUUGAAGCAUGAGGCUAAGUUGGAUAAUGUAAUGAAGGAGUUAAAAGAAAAAGCUGGAGAGACAACAGACACCAUUACUAAGGAAGUUAAAAAAGCAACAAUAAAUUUACUGGGCGAUGAGAAGAAGACCACCUAAAGAAAUUAAUUGGAAGAAAUUUCUCCUUAUCACUACCUUUAUACAGUGUGAUGUUUCUGGGGACUGUGAUACAGUAAUUUGAAUAAUGUUGCCUUGUAAACCUUUUUGAUUUUAUUAAAAGAAUGUAUUGUAAGAUUGCUUGCUGUUUUUGCAGUUUUCUGUAUUGAAAGUAAGCAUUUUUAUUUAACGUCAAUGCAGUAGAUGGCAUCUAAAGCUUAUACAGUUUCUAAGCAGAAAGAAGAUUUUCAGUAAUGUCUUAUUUGCCUUUCAUGUAAUUUUCAAAAGAAAAUAUGCCCCAGGCUCUGAAUAUUACACCGUUUGUGCAUGCAGUAGCUGUAUGUGCAAAUUUCAUUUCAUAUUUGACUAGUUCUUGCUAUAGCAUAGUUAAAUAUCAAAGUGUAAUGAUAGUGAUUUGGUGUGCGUAGUUUUGUAUAUAUACAAGGGAUGAUAAUUAGCCAUGUGUUGCUUCUGUAUCUCUCUUCACACAGACCUUCUCCAAUUACUUAUAAUGUUGGAAGAAUAAACUGAGAUGACAGUGCUGGAAACUGAUUUUGAAGUA